AUGCGUCCUGAUGUACCCCUUCACACACAACAGGCCUCUAAGUUCGGCACACCUCGAAUUCCGAACGCGCAUGGAGGUUUAAGAGGCGUAAUUGGCUUGGACAAAUCGAACUCUGGUCGUCCGACUUGUUCCGCCGCGUGUGAUGUCAAAUCUUUCUGUCUUACCUUGAAGUUGCGUGAAAUGGAUGAUCCAGUGGCCGAGAUUAAGGACGUUGUGCGAUCACUUGUGGAGCCUUAUGAAGCAUGGGUGCUUGCUUCGAAUGUGGAAAAAUAUUUCACCGAAGACGCGUUUAUCUUGCAUCCGCUCCUCAAUCAGACCCGAGCAAGAGGCAGCCGGGAACAUUUGAAAGGCAUUUACAAAAUUCUUCGGGUUUUUACUAUCAACAACAAAAUCGAAUUUCACGCGGUAAUGUUCAAUGAAGAUAAAACUCAAGGAGCGAUUGAAUUAACCGAGCACCUCUACCCACGAUUAUUUCCUUUUGAGAGCAUGAAAUUUUCUUUACCACUCUGGAUCCGAAUCGACUUGAUUAAGGAUAGUGAUGGAAAAUAUAGAAUAUGCAGGCAACACGACAUGGUUCCGACUGACCCAGGAAUCAUUAGUCUUCCCUUCCUUUCGAUUGUGGCCCAGGGGUUUAACAUCGUGAAGGCGUUCAAUGGUUUGGCCAUGGGGGUGAUUGGAAAAUUUCUCCUUGAUCGAAGGUAUCUUGGAGCUUGA